AUGAGUGAUAGUAAUAACGAUAGUAACUUAACUACUUUCCAGAGGAAAAGGUUAGAAAAUAUAAAGAGAAAUAAUGAUUUGCUUAAGAAAUUGAAUUUAUCAAAACUGUCCAAUUCAAUCACGCCAUCACCUCCGCCAACGGUGCCUAGGUCAAAGAAGGUUCAUAAGGCUAAGAAAUCAGUUAAAAAGGAAUCAAAACCAGUUCAAUUACCAACCAGAAGAUCAAGACGAUUGCAAGGACACUCUGCCCCGGAUGCAGAACCAUUAAAGGAGUUGUCAAGUUCAACGUCAGCCACACCACCUGCGCAAGAACUCCAGGAUGUCAAAAUUAUUGGUGAUUUGAAAUUAUCUGACAUUAUCAAAGAUGAAGAUAAGAUUAGUAGACUUUCUAGCAUUAAAAUCUCUACUGGGGAUUUCUUUGAUGAAUUGAAGACGCUGCAAUCAAACACUGACAACGAGAAGUUCAUGUUUGAAAAUUUUAAAUAUUCAGAAUGUAAAGUAAUAUAUGAUAGGAUAUCUGCUCUUUACAUUCAUCCUGAUAAGGAGAGAAAAAUCAUUUUAGCAGGUGAUAUAUCAGGAAAUGUGGGACUUUGGAAUGCAAAAGAUGUGAAGGAAGAGGACGAAGAAAUCUAUGACGUAGAUGAAGAUGUUUUUAGAUUUCAACUAUUCAAAAAGAAUGUUGGUAGAAUUGACUGUUUUCCUAACAAAAUGGAAAAGCUUGCUAUUGCAUCUUAUGAUGGGUUUUUAAGAUCACUGGAUCUUACUGGUAUGCAAAGUGACGAGCUACUGCAAUUAAAGAACGAAUAUGGGGACAAUCUUGGUAUCAGUGAUUUUCAGUUCAGUUAUUCGGAUCCAAAUGUACUAUAUUUAACAACGUUAAGUGGUGAGUUUACAACAAUUGAUAUGAGAGAGAAUAACUUGAAAAAUGAAAGCAUAAAAUUGCGAAGACUGGCAGAUAAAAAGAUUGGAUCCAUGGCUAUCAACCCUAAAAAUUCUUUUCAAAUUUCCACUGGUUCCCUAGAUAGAACAUUAAAAAUAUGGGAUAUUAGGAAACUGGUCAAGAAACCAGAUUGGUCUCAAUAUGAGGACUAUCCUAGCCACGAGAUAGUAGCUACCUACGACUCUAGGCUCAGUGUGUCUGCCGUGUCGUAUUCUCCAAAUGAUGAAACAUUAGUAUGCAAUGGCUACGAUGAUACAAUUCGAUUAUUUGAUGUGAGUGACAAAAAUUUACAAGUUUCGGAGGAUUUACAACCCAAAUUGACUUUAAAGCAUAACUGUCAAAGUGGUAGAUGGACAAGUAUAUUGAAAGCAAGGUUUAAACCUAAUAAAAAUGUCUUUGCUAUCGCAAACAUGAGUAGGUUCAUUGAUAUCUAUAAUAGUGGCGGUAAGCAAUUAGCACACUUGAAGACAGCCACAGUUCCUGCCGUUAUCAAUUGGCACCCAUCCCACAAUAUUGUUGCUGGAGGUAAUUCAAGUGGGAAGGUCUUCCUAUUCAGCGAAGAAUCCACUGAUGAUGGUCCAGAAUACAACAAGAUCAAAAAGGAGGAUGCAAUCUAA